AGACACGAUAAAACAAGCCGCUUUUCCUCUUCACUUCUUCAGCCUAUAGAUGCGCCGUUGGUGUACCCACUCGCGUUUUGCCUUGUGAAGCCCAAACGCGCGCGCACGCACGCACGGCGUCCACCUGGUUGGCUGCUGCCCGUUGCGCUCCGACGGCAGCGAAGUGCUCUCGCCCGCCCGCCCGCUGGCCGCGCCGCGCGUGCGCGAUGACCUUCCCGCUGGUGUGCUACUGCAACGCGGUGCCCCGGCCCAUCGCCGCCGUGUUCAGGUUCUUCCACGCCACCGCGCUGGCUUUCGUGCUCAUCCUCUGCCUCCUCGGCCUCUACGAGUUCCCCUACACCCCCGAGGAGCACGCGGCGCUCAUCAGCGGCGGCCGCCGCCGUCCCAACCGGGACGGCGCGCUUCCGGAGACGGUGAAGCAGCGGCUGCCCCCGGUCGAGUUCGCCGUGCACCUGGCGGAGCGAUCGCGAUCGUCGACGUCGAAGAGGCCGGCACCGGCGGGUCGCCACGACGAUGACGACGACGGCGACGCGAGUACGUGCAGGGUGUGCCUGGAGCGGCUGGAGCUGACGGACGAGGUGCGGCCGCUGGGCAACUGCUCCCACGCCUUCCACAGAGGCUGCAUCGACCGGUGGAUCGACGUCGGCGAGGUGACGUGCCCGUUGUGCCGGUCCAACCUGUUGCCUCGUCAGCGCGGGGGGCUGCUCGCCAAUGCCAGGGCCCGGUUCAGCUAGCUCUCCCUCCGUACGUGCACGGGGGGCAGUUUUGUCAUUUCGGGCGCAUCCGUACUGUGGAUGGGUGCAGCAGGCCAAUCGCGGGCUGCUCGCGAUCAGGACGACUAACCACCGAGCAGUACCUGUGCUAAUCAAUGGGCACACGGGAAAUUAUUGACCAACUCCUGUUGAGAAAAUAUAUCGAGCAGUACCGUCCGUGUUUAGGGAAGAGAAUCGAAUCAGUGAUCACAAUAAAGAUUGGCCCAUUGAGAAUUUGAGAUGGGCUGGCAAUGUGUCCUGCGUCCGUCAAGUCCAGUCAAGUGCACUGUUCUAUCUUCUGGAAUUGUUGGGUACGAAGCUGCAUCCGUGUUGACACGUUGUUAUCGAUGAUUAAUUUCUUCUC